UUGUCAUUCCUGGGCGCUGGUAGUUUCCGGGAGUGACGUGCAAGGAUAAGAGUUUGACAUUUUGGAGUAAAAAAUGUCAUCUGCGAUUAGAAUGACGCUCGUUAAUGGGUUGUGUUUACUUUUGUUUGUUACUAAUACUAUUGCUGAAAAUAAAUAUUCUGCCACCGCAAACAAACCGAAAGAUGCGGAUAGUUCGAAUCCAUUUCCAGUCUCGUUAAGGGAACUCGAUAGACCUUAUCGCAUAGCGAAAUUGAAUUUACUUUGGGCUAAAGCUAAACACCGUUUAACCGAACCUAAACUACAAUCGUUAUUCAGUGAUUUGAAGAUUCAUGACAAGGAGGAGAUCGUCUUUAAACAUAUUAAGGCUGAUGGAAUGGAUCCAGAAGGUCUUCAAGAAGCAACACUUAGGAAAAAACUUAUUGGUAUUAUGAGUACUUAUGGCUUAUUGGAACACUUUGCUGAAACUGAUGAUCCAGAAUUGCUUAAAAGACACAAAGCUCUUAAUGAUGGAUCUAAUUAUGUGGCCAAAGAUUUGUUUAAGGAUAAGAAAUUAAACAAAUUGUGGGCUAAAGCUGAGGUAGCUGGAUUUACAUCCGAUGAACUCGAUGCAUUAAAAGAAGAAUUCACACACCAUCAAGAAAAGGUAGAUGAAUAUAUGAGUCUUCUACAAAACGUUCAUGAUGGAGAUACUGAUACACUUGAAAACAGCAUUCACGGAAAGGCUGAAAAAUGGAACAUGAUAGAAACUGAGGAGGAGCAAAAUGAUGUUCCUGGAAAAAAUAUGGAUUAUUUGUCCAAAGCAAAUCUGCUCAGGGAGAAACAUUUAGAACUCAGAAGUGGAUUUGAUCGUCUAGAUAGACUAGCCGCAAAGGGACCAAACCAUAAAGAGUUUGUAGAACCUAAAGUACAAGGACUAUGGAGAGUUGCAUUGGAAGCUAAGUUUUCACCCGAGGAACUUGAAUCACUAAAGGAGGAACUCUUACAUUAUGAGUCUAGGUUGCUUAAAUUACGUCAUCUACAUACUGAAGCGGCGCUGGAAGCUGCACGCAAAGGCAAGCCUUACGACUUACAGAAUUCAACAGUGCAGCAACAUAUUAAAAAGCACACAAGGACAGUCGAGAAACUUCACAUGGACAUUGAAACGAAGAUCAUGCAGAAGCAUAUAGAGUUGUAAAAAAUUUUCAUAAGGCAAUAAUACUCAAGCGUCCGUAAUUGGCAGUCAAGUCUUUAUCGUGUAAAUUGUCUAACACACUAACAUGCUUAGUGUUAAAGUGCAAACGUGAUAUUUAGGUUUGCGUAGAAUGUAAAAUAAGAGAAAAGCCAAAACGAUUCCUGUAACAUAUAUACAAAUAUUAUAUAUCAUAAAUCCUUUGUAUUUUUUAAAUUUUAAUGAAUAUAUGAAUGUUAGCACGAAUA